GCGUCAAGAAGUCACCAGGCGCCGGCUGGUGAAACGCGAUUCUCUCGAGAUUGUUUUUAUCGGGCGUGAAAAUCGGCCCGUCUCGGCAAAUAUAGUUGCUUUCCAAUCAGAAACGGUCAACGCGCACGAUACACGUUAUCGUUCGCGGUGCAGCUGCAGAUAAGACUUCAGUCGUACAUUGCACAUUUUCAAGCGAUCCCACUAUUGCCACUUCGUCACCUGCUCUCGCGGUAGCCCGUUCGACGCGUCGACUCCCGGUGGCGUAUCGCAAUUAUGGCAGCUCAGGUCCACGAGUUCAGCGUCGAGAUGACGUGCGACGGAUGCUCGAAUGCCGUGCGAAACGUGCUCGGGAAGAAAACAGGCAUCGACGACGUCGAGAUAAAUCUGCCAGAAAAGAAGGUACUUGUGACUACUGCGCUCAGCUCGGAUGAGAUCCUGGCAACGCUCAAGAAAACGGGGAAAACUUGCCAGUUUUUGGGGACCCACUGAGGAGCAGAAGCGGUUCGAAGAGUAAUGUGAUUGCAACAGGUGCUGCUAAAUAUGUACGAGCGUAUAUUACAGAGAAUUUUUUACACUGUAUCUUUUCUAUAAAAAAGAAAGUCGUAUCUUAAAUCACUCAUUCGUGUACAUACAAAAAGUACAAAAGUAGCAUGUAAUAAAACAUUUUCUAUUGCUCCA